ACAAAAUAUGUUUAUCUUUAAAGUUUUUUGGGUUAUUUAUCUUCUAACUCUACAAGUUUUCUUGGCCAAUUCUUAUCGUGCAAAGAGCCUUGUGCCAGCUUUGUAUGUUUUUGGUGAUUCAAGCGUAGAUGCUGGAAACAAUAACAAUUUGAAUACAAUUGCUAAGGUUAAUACAUUUCCAUAUGGCAUAGAUUUCAAUAAUUGUUCUACAGGAAGGUUUAGCAAUGGUAAAACCUUUGCAGAUAUUAUUGCUCUUAAAUUGGGUUUACCAAUGCCACCUGCAUACCUAGGUGUCUCUACAACCGAGAGAUAUCAAAUAGUCUCAGGCAUCAACUAUGCCUCAGGCUCAUGUGGAAUCUUGAAUACAACGAGAAAUGGUGAAUGCUUAUCAUUGGACAAACAAAUCGAAUAUUUCACUUCAACGGUGACGAAUGAUCUUCCAAGAAACUUUAGAAGAAAGGCAAAAUUGAGUCAUUACUUAUCUAAAUCUAUAUUCCUUUUAUCCAUUGGUUCAAAUGAUUACAUUCUCAACUAUUUUAAACAAGAAAUGGAAACCAAUCAAAAAGGAAAUCCUGAAGAAUUUGCAGAUUAUCUUCUUGAGCAAUUGGGUUCAAAAAUAACGAAAAUUUAUGAUCUUGGUGGUCGAAAAUUUGUGAUCGGUAGCAUUGGUCCAAUUGGGUGUGCCCCAUCAUUUAUUAAUAGAACAUCAAGUUCAAAAGAUUGCAAUGAAGAUAUGAAUCAAAAGGUUAAACCCUUCUCAAACAAACUCCCAUGGAAGCUUCAAGAGUUGCAGACUCAACUCUCAGGUUCAAUCUUCACUAUUUCAGACAAUUUAAAAAUGUUCAAGAAGAUAAAAAAUUCCCCUGAACAAUUUGGAUUUACAAAUAUUUGGGACUCGUGUGUUGGUCAAGAUGCAAAACCAUGUGAAAAUCGGAAACAAUACCUAUUUUACGAUUUUGGACACAGCACCGAAGCCACAAAUGAAAUAUGUGCAAAUAAUUGUUUUAGUGGAAGAGAUGCAUGUUUUCCUCUAAAUAUUGAACAAUUAGUUCGUGCACAUUGAUGUUUUUUUUACUUUGUUUUCAAUAUUUGUUUAUCCAUAAUUGGUUUAGGUGAUUUAGUCCAUUCAUUUUAUUUUGUUGUGCCUAUGAUGCAUAGGCUCUCUUUUAUAUCUCUUUGUAAUUUUUGUUUCCUCAUAGUAUUGUUUGUGCUUUGUAGUUCUCUUUUUAUUAAAAUUUAU